AUGGGGAGACAAUCCAAUGAAUCAUGUUUCGAUGAGAAGGCAACGCCGACGGAAGGGGCUGCUUCACCGAUAAAUGACAAGAAGAAUGCCAUUCUUGAGGCAUGCACUCAAAGAGAUAUCGAUGCCCUCAAAGCACUGGCAGAGUCACCAGGAGGCUUACUGUUCGACAGUAUCCGCCAACAAGCGUGGCCCAUUCUCCUCGGCCUGCCAUCUGACCCAGAGAAGCUAGACGCGGAGUCUUCGUCAUGGCACUCGCUCCCGAUCCACAAAGACGAAGACCAAGUCCAGCUUGACGUCAACCGCGCCUUCAUCUACUACCCACAACACCAAACCGAAGCCCAACUCUCCCGCGCCAAAACCCUUCUGUCCGAUCUCAUCAUAUCCGUACUCCGCCACCACCCGUACCUCAGCUACUUCCAAGGCUACCACGACAUCGCCCAAGUCCUCCUCCUCACCCUCCCACCCCGCCUCCACGCCAGCUCUCUAACCUAUCUCUCACUCUUCCACAUCCGCGACUUCAUGCUACCGUCCCUAGCCCCAGCCAUCGCCCAACUCCGCCUCCUCCCUCAAAUCCUCCACCGCGCCGACCCCAAACUCUGGCGCCACCUCUCAGGUACAGAACCCUUCUUCGCCCUCUCCGGAACCCUCACCAUGUACGCACACGACGUGACCACCCAAGGUGAGAUCGCGCGCCUCUUCGACGUCCUGCUCGCCCGCGACCCGGCCUUCACCGUCUACUUGUUUGCAGCCAUCGUCUGCGCCCGGCGCACCGAGUUGUUCGAUACCCCGCCCGACGAACCCGAGAUGUUGCACAGUAUCUUGUCCAAGCUGCCGGUGCCUUUGGACGUGGAAGGGCUGAUCACCCGCGCUGUGGAGCUGGAGCGGCAGGUGCCGCCGGAGAGUCUACCGGCAUGGCGAAAAGGGGUGUCGAGAUGGAGUGUGCUCAAGACGGGCAGAGACACAGAUUGUGCUGGUGGUGCUAAUGAGCAAGGUAGGAGCCGCGGCGUAGAGCAAGGCCGGGAAUGGUUUGAGAAACAGGUUCGGGAACUGGAAUGGGAUGAGAGGAAAAAGAAGGUGGCGAUAUGGGCGUGGAAAAAUAGGAGGCCUGCGGGGGUAGUCGGAAUGACAGUCUUGGUAGCCGUACUGGCGGUGUUAUUACGGAAGGCGGCGUUACCAAGCCCGGCGGCGGCUGGAUUGGAAUGGGCGACGAGUUGGGUGGCGAGGUGGUGGAGGUAG